GAGAAGGAGGAGGAGAAGGGCUAAUAGGAGGACGAAUCAUUUAGCAUAGAGAGGAUGCAGAAUCCGAGUUAUCCCGUAAUGGCGGGAAUGGCGAACGGGGUGCCCUUCAGCAGAGGGAAUGCGCAAGGGGGGGUGACGUGUCAUAUUUGCGGGAAAGUCGGGCAUUACGCCCGCAAUUGUUGGUCUGCAGGGAAUGGGAGGCCGACAGCUGUGGCGGUACAGACGGGUGUUUCCGAUGAUGAAACAAAGGAGAUGCGCGAAUACUUUAGAGAGAAAAUUAGAAAAAGGAGGUUAGAUGAGGAAAGGAGGGAGAGGGAAGAGGGAGAAAGAAGACGCAAAGAAGAAGAAAAUCGGAAGGAGUUAGAAAGAAUGAGGGACGCGGACGCAAGGGAGGCGAGGUUGGAGGCACGACUGAUGCGGUUGCUGGCACAACAUACGAAGACCAGCACGCCACCGAAGUCGUCAGGUGUGAAGAAGAAAUCCCCCAGAACCAAAGCAAGAGUUCUGAGGGAAAUGCGGAGUUAUUUUGACGAGUCCGAUGAUGAUAGUGAGGAGGUUAGGGAGGAGGCAGGGAAGUUGGUGGAAGUUAUGGAGAAGAGGAAAGGAAAAGGCAGAGCAAAAGUAACGGAGGAGAGGUGGCCGAAGGUAAGAAUAGGAGGAAGGGGAGAUCGUGAGGAACCAGUCAAGUUGGAGGAUGAGGAGGAUCGGACACCUCCGCCGAAUCGCAGGACCGACAAACGAGAUCCGAACAUCUUGGAUUUUGUGAUUGAGCUACAUCGGCAUUUAUCAGAGAAGAAGGUACCUGAACUCCGAAAACUAUGCAAUCGUGAAGGUAUUGAGUGGUCGAAGAGGGAUACCGUGAUUGGGGAACUCGUGAAGAAGUUCGUUUUGAGGGACAUUCUCUGGCAACCAUGGAGGAUACGCGAUCUCUACAAGAGAUCUUCAAGGGAAAUUAUUGCACUAUUCCGAACCGCGACGCUUUUUCAUGACAAGAGAAGCAGGAACCUCAUCAAGACCGUUGUAAGUAAGGUGGCGAGAAAAAAGUUUGGAUGCGAGAUUCGGAGGAGACCGUGUGUCCAGAUCCCUUUCUCGUCGGAGAUUACAGCAGGACUGAUUGCUCAAGCUGUUCCAGAUCAAGCACUGGGUCACUUUGUGUCGGACAGGGUGAGGGUGGUGGUUAAGAAUAGGAAGACGGUGGAAAUGAUCAUUCAUAACCACCGGGCAUGCGUGAGUGAGGAGGAAGUCGGAUGUACGUGCCAAUCGUUUCGGUUACCAAGGCAUGAGGGCCAUGUAAAGGUACGAUUGUCGGAAAUAGAGGGAAUACCCGCCUUUAUGAGGAACUCGAACAAUGUGACGUGUGGGAUUAUGAUCUCUCCGCAUGCUCUGGAGACAUGUAUGAAACGGGGAAUUGAGAAUUGGGCGAAAGGGAAGAUGAUCCAAGUAGAUCGAGGGGAUAUUGAGAUGUGUUUUCGCAGGGGGGAGAUGGGAGGAUCCGGAGCUAUGACGACCAACGCAGUACGUGCAGCGUUCGGAGGACUUAGUAGGCUGGUGACAGUUCCCAUCGACCAAAACCCAGGAGCGUCGCUGAUUCUGUGCCCAGUCCUAUACCUCAAGGCCUGUAAGGACACAUUCAACCACAAUCCUGGAUUCCAAUUAGUGGCACGUACGGAAGACCAGGUUCUGCGCACUAUGAGGGAGGACUACACUAGGAACGGGCUUACCAAGGUGGCGAGGUGGCAAUCGAGAGGAAGGAUGGGUCAAGCUUACGUCCUUCCUAAAGAUAAGGACAUUGGGAGAUGGAGGCCAAUAUCCCCAUGUACGUUCGAUCCGGCGAGGGUAGCAGCAGCAAGGAUAGGCAAGGCGAUCAGAUACAUGUUGUUUGGCCUACCAAAGAAUCAUCAUUUCGAUCUGAGAUCGACCGAAGAUUUGGUGAAGAAGUGUGGGGAGGUACGGAGAGAUAUGAGUCAGAGGUAUGACGAAGCGAUCGCUCGGAGUUAUGAUAUCAAGGAUAUGUUUUCCAAGCUCUCACAUGAGGUCAUCAUAGAGGCGGUUGAUUGGUUGAUUGCCUAUCACGAAAGAAGGGGAAUGAGAGGAGUGAAGGUGGGAGUCAGGGGGAAGUUGGUUGCCAUGGUUAAGAGGGUGCGAAAAGAAGAUGGUAUGGUGGCUGUAUCUUUGGAGGAUCUAAGGAAGGAAGUUGCGUACGAGUUAUCGAACUCGUUCGUCCGAUGUGCGGGAAAGUUGCUCGCACAGCGGUUUGGGAUUCCUAUGGGGAGGAACUCGAGCCCUGCGCUGGCAUGUUUGGUGUGCGCGAAAGCCGAAUAUGAGUAUAUGAAUCGAGAGCAUGAGAGGAGGUCGUUAGUUAGGGGAGUCAGGAUGAUUGACGACGUAAUGGUUAUUAUUGGCUUCAGACGGAGUGCUGCAGUUUCUUUGGAGAGAGUAACCGCUCUUUUUGAGGAAUUCGAGAGAUGUUAUGACGAGAAUCUGGCAUUGGUGCGCAAGGAUGAGGGGGGCAAUGUUUUUGACUUUCUGGGUACGCGCGUUAUUGUGAGCUUCCAUCCCAUUGUGAUUGACGUGAUUCCUAGAACAAGGAACCAGCAGAGUUUAACGGAGGAUGGGACUUUGAAGGUGCAAUCCAUACAGGAUUUUGCUUCCCUUACCCGGAAGGCGGCAAAGAAGGCAACCGUGUAUGCUGCAUUAUUGAGAAUGAGCAGGAUCUCCACGACGUUUGAAGGAAUGAAAGUGGCCAUCGCCGCUCUGAUGAUGGAAACGCGCCUCCGGGGACUCUGGAGCCUUGGGGAAAGAGUGUUGGGAUGGUUUGACCCAGAAGGAACUACGAAAACCAGGGAGGGACAGAAGGCCGGCAAGGAAGGUCCGGAUAACAGUGUGACAGGCGAGGCCAGCAGCUCCGAGGGCGGCCUUAAGAAGAUAGUGUCGUCCCUCGCGCGAGCACUAAACAAAAAUCAAGGCUACCUAGCGGAUGCCAAGAAAAAGUUGACGUUUGAUGGGGCGAACAUCACGCAAUUCGUGAUAGAUUAUGAGAACCUGGCUGCGCUGUUGAAAUGGACCGAAGAGGAGAAGAUGAACCACUUGGGACAACAAGUGUCUUUGAGCCUAGGAUGGGACAUAAUGCCCAUCGUAGCCGCAAGCCGGUCUUGGAAAGAAACCCAGGAUGUAAUGAUGAGAAAGUAUCUGGCAGCAGAAAAGAUGGCAAGGGGGAGCGAUUUAGCGGCAGUCCAGAGAAAGAACUUCGCAACGUACAAUGAUUUCCUAUGGAAGUUUACUUUGGUAGCACUAAGAAUCCCCGGGGUUACGGAUCGAAUAAUGAAGAUGAUAGACAUGCACUUGCACGAUGGCUCAUACAUGGUAGACAUAGAGGACCCGGUGGCCGGCCGGGGAGAGCUCCUCCGACUCCUUGGAACGGGAGGAGACCCCCCGAGGGGGAAAUUGGCAACAUGGUCGCCGUCAUUCGAGGAUAGCACGCGAAAAGAGGCUUUCGCACGGAUGGAAGACUCUGCUUCCUUCACAAGUGGGACAAGGUCAUUGGGAGAAGGGAGAAAAGAGGAGGGAGAGGAUGGCAUUGUCGCCUUUUCUUCUGGUCAUCCUCUUCCCUCUCCUUCCCAGCGCCGAUGUCGAGGAGGGAAGCUGGCGCAGGAUGGGUUUCGCAUGCUUCCUCGCACAUAUUUCUCAUCUCAACCCAAUUGGGUAAGAAAAGUUUUCGUUGAAGCGUACAAGAAAACAAUUAUCUUUGUGGACUCUCACCAUGACUACACUGUACUGCACAGUGCAAAUCAAAUCCAGAUAUAGAAUAGGCAAAAGCUAGGUCGCGUAUGAUGACACAAGAGGGGGUAGCAAGGAUGGGGCUGCAGGCCCACAUACGUCCUAACCAUCCCAUCUCCUCCCUCUAUCGAGGAUUGCCAGAGACCACAUACCUCUCCUGAACGCAUCCCAUCUCCUCGAUCUUCCCUCUAUACUCCCACAAGUAAUGUCAUAUCGCAGGGAAUGGUGGAACGAGCGAAUGAGCGAAGGCAGGCAGCUGGAGGAAGAAGCCAGCAUCCCUUCCCUCGAUCCUCCCACAAGUGAUUGUGUCAUAUCGCAGGGAAUGGUGGAACGAGCGAAUGAGCGAAGGCAGGCAGAUGGAGGAAGAAGCGAGCUCCUACGACUGAAGGAGAUCACCAAUUUGAAAGCGGAUUGGAGUGGAGUAGCAGAGCUCUAGGAGCCACAGGCCCACAAACUGCGGGGAAAUCUAGGGUGAGGAAAUUAGGCUGUGGGCAGGACGGCUUCGCCCCAAAAUCUGGCAAUGUGACCACUUCUCUGUUUUGGCUUGAUCUGCUCACUUGCCGCCUUGUCUGACCGCAGG